AUGGCACAAAAUCUGAUCAUCCGUUAUUACGCCAUCGAAUUAGCAUUGUUUGCUGGAGAGAUCAGUAUAUCACUUGUGUCCCGUAAAUUACCAUCCGUUCUAGAGGUGGUCUCGGCAAACGAUAUGCAAAGUGCACAAGCAUUAAUCUCAUUUGCCACCACCAUCAUCUCCACGUUUCUUAUUGCAUAUAAGAUUCACAAAUUGUCCACUCCGUCCAGUUCUUCCAGCAGAAACCUUUUUAAACACAUUGUGAUGAUUUUGGUGGAGUCCGCUGCUGGAAUGGCUCCAACAAUUCUUGUUGCUCGUGUUGCUUUGCCUAGAUCCGAUGGUUCAUUUGCAUCUACUAUCUCACAUAUAUCUGGGAUUGAAACCAGGAAUAAUUUACCUUUGUCUGCUGAGGCCUCAGCUACAGGCGAAACACGGGCUCCCCAUGUGAUGUGA